CGUUUCCAGACAGCGAGGAAGGUUGGAAUGGUGGUUUAUAUCAAAGUGAAUUUUUUUAUUCUUUACCUCAUCCUUUGGUGACAAAAAUCAAUAACAAGACCAACCGUUUGAGAUGGAUCUAUGGUCCAUUGCUUUUCGGUGUUACAAAAGAUGCUGAAGAAGAUAUGACAUGUUUAAGCCAUUGGAAGAUUGGGAAUUGCUUGGAAGGCGGUGAUGAAGUUUCAGUAGUUGUGGAUGGUGGUUUUGAGGUGAAGGAAUGCGGUAUCAAUCUUGUGUGGGAGCAAGAAGAAAAUGUUGGUACCCGUCAAAUGUACGAAUACCAUCCUAAUGGUCCAUAUGACAUUGAUGAUGGUUCAGAAUUCAAGCAGUUCUUUUCAGGAGUUCUUUUCCUAUGCGAUCCACCAUCGUCAAUGGUUUAUGACUCGCCUAGCUUGGUUGAAGAAGAGGACAUGAACACCACUGAAAGUGGUAGCAACGGGUUGCAACAACCCAAUGGAAUCCGGAAGCUUCUCAUUACAUCUACUGUCUUCCUUUUCUCUCUGGCUCUGGUCUCUUACACUUCUAUCACUUUCCAAAGGAAAAGACGAGCAAAAAUCCAACAGAAAAAUAAUUGACAGGCAGGCAGCCUUACCAUCCCAUCGUAAGUCCAAAAGAAUAGACCUUCAUGUUUUCUUUGAAAUUUAACAAUGCUUCGUUUUUCAGUGAUAGGUUUCGCGAUCUUCUUUGGCAGAGAACUAAAAAAAAAGGGUUGAUUUGCUCCAAGUCUUCUUCCACUGCACUUCGGAGAGGAAGGGUCUCGGACUUGAACCAAUAAGACUUAUUGCUUGGGUAGUCUAAUGCCUUCAAGCUUCCGAACAUUAUGCAUUGUUCGGUUCUUCAGUUGGAG